ACAGAAGCCGGCCAGAGUCCCUCGACCAGCGGGCCUGAGCCUUGGAAUCUCGGAACCAAGGAGAAAGAAUUUGCCGUCCCCGCCAAAAAGUUCCAGAACGGAAAGCGAGUGUACCUAGUCUUCAGGAAAUUUUGGCGGGCAUAGCAUACACUUGCGACAUCCCACCCACUUUGGCGAUUGGAGCUUGCUGCAGGUUGAUUUCUCGGCUUGAGAUGGACAAGAGGUGAUCAUGAAGACGGAUUUCAAGUUCUCCAAUCUGCUGGGGACAGUCUACUGCCAGGGCAACCUCCUGUUCAGCCCAGACGGCACCCAUCUGUACUCGCCCGUCGGCAACAGAGUCACUGUCUUCAACCUCGUCGAUAACAAGUCAUACACCCUCCCCUUCGCCCACCGGAAGAACAUCUCGAGAAUCGGCCUGACCCCGCAGGGCAAUCUCCUCCUCUCGAUCGACGGAGAUGGCCAAGCCAUUUUAACCCACGUCCCCCGCCGUAUUGUACUAUACCACUUCUCCUUCAAGUCGUAUGUGACGGCCCUUUCGUUCUCACCAUCUGGGAGGUACUUUGUGGUUGGACUUGGGAGGAAAAUCGAGGUUUGGCACGUUCCAUCGACACCAGACUCGAAUGCGCAAGGCGACCUCGAAUUUGCGCCCUUCGUGCGCCACCAUACGCACACACAGCACUUCGAUGAUGUCCGGCAUAUAGAGUGGUCAAGCGAUUCGCGGUUCUUCCUCAGCGCAUCAAAAGACCUGACGGCGAGGAUAUGGAGCUUAAACGCGGAGGAAGGUUUCACCCCUACAGUCUUGUCAGGACACAGGCAGGGAGUGGUGGGCGCUUGGUUCUCUAAGGACCAAGAAAUAAUCUACACGGUCAGCAAGGAUGGCGCCGUCUUCGAAUGGCAGUAUACCACAAGACCAGGCCAGGACGAGGACGAGAUGGUGGACGAAUCAGACGAGCGGUGGAGAAUCGUCAGCCGACACUACUUCAUGCAGAAUGCCGCGACCGUCCGAUGCGCUGCCUUCCAUGCCGCCUCGAACCUGCUGGUCGCAGGCUUCUCGAACGGCGUAUUUGGGCUGUAUGAGAUGCCAGACUUCAACAUGAUCCAUACGCUUAGCAUCUCGCAGAACGAAAUCGACUUCGUGACGAUCAACAAGAGCGGGGAGUGGCUGGCCUUUGGAGCGUCGAAACUUGGUCAACUGUUGGUGUGGGAGUGGCAGUCCGAGUCGUACAUCCUGAAACAGCAGGGGCAUUUCGACGCCAUGAACGCGCUCGCCUACUCGCCGGACGGCCAACGGAUCGUCACGGCGGCAGACGACGGCAAGAUUAAGGUGUGGGACAUCGAGUCUGGCUUUUGCGUCGUGACCUUUACCGAGCACACCAGUGGCGUGACAGCCUGCGAGUUCGCGAAGAAGGGCAACGUCCUCUUCACAGCAAGCUUGGACGGGUCAAUCAGAGCAUGGGAUUUGAUCAGGUUCAGGAACUUCAGGACUUUCACCGCGCCCGAGAGGCUCUCCUUUUCCUGCAUGGCGGUCGACCCCAGCGGCGAGGUUGUUGCAGCAGGGUCUAUCGACUCCUUCGAUAUCCACAUCUGGUCUGUCCAAACAGGCCAACUGCUUGACCGGCUUUCCGGUCACGAAGGGCCGGUGUCGUCUCUGGCUUUCGCGCCGAACGGCGGGCUCCUAGUCAGCGGCAGCUGGGACAGAACAGCUAGGAUAUGGUCCAUCUUCAAUAGGACACAGACCAGUGAGCCCCUGCAGCUCCAAUCCGAUGUUCUGGACAUCGCGUUCAGACCGGACUCGUUACAGAUUGCAAUCUCCACGCUUGACGGCCAGCUGUCAUUCUGGUCCGUCUCGGAAGCGCAGCAGAUUUCUGGCGUCGACGGGCGGCGCGACGUCUCCGGCGGCCGCAGAAUAACAGACCGGAGGGCUGCAGCGAACGUGGCGGGAACCAAGAGCUUCAACACGAUCCGGUACAGCAUGGAUGGUUCGUGUCUCCUGGCUGGCGGCAACAGCAAGUACAUCUGUCUGUACUCCGCCACCACCAUGGUGCUUCUCAAGAAGUUCACUGUGAGCGUCAACCUGUCGCUGUCGGGCACACAAGAGUUCCUCAACAGCAGGCUGCUCACAGAGGCGGGGCCGGCCGGGCUGCUUGACGAGCAAGGCGAGGCCUCCGACUUGGAGGACCGGAUAGACAGGUCAUUGCCCGGUUCGAAACGGGGCGACCCAUCAGCGAGGAGGAGAACGCCAGAGGUGAGAGUGGCCGGGGUGUCGUUCUCGCCAAGCGGUAGUUCAUUCUGCGCGGCGUCAACAGAGGGCUUGUUGAUCUACAGCCUGGACAGCACUGUCCAGUUUGACCCGUUCGAUCUGAAUAUGGAGAUCACCCCUGCGUCCACACUCGCCGUGCUCGAGCAGGAGAAGGACUACCUCAAAGCGUUGGUCAUGGCCUUCCGGCUGAACGAGGCCGGGCUGAUCCAGCGCGUCUUCCAGGCCGUUCCGUACCCGGACAUUGGGCUGGUGGUGGAGCAUUUCCCGACUGUGUAUGUGUCGCGGCUCCUGCGGUAUGUCGCUGCCCAAACGGAGCAGUCGCCGCACGUCGAGUUCUGCCUGCUCUGGAUCAAGGCGCUGGUGGACAAGCACGGCGCGUGGCUGACGGCCAACCGCGGCAAGGUCGAUGUGGAGCUCCGCGUCGUGGCUCGGGCAGUGGCCAAGAUGAGGGACGAGAUCAGGCGGCUUGCCGACGAGAACGUGUACAUGGUGGACUACCUGCUUGGUCAGGCGAAGGACAGGUCAGCAAGGGGCCCGCUUGAGCCGGGGAGCGCGGAGGAUCUGGGCAUGAAGGCGCUGCCGUCGUCGAAAAAGGAGGUGACCAUACACGAUAUCAUGGCUGACGAGGCGGCGCAGAGCGAGGAGGAAUGGAUUGGGCUAGAAUAGGUAGGCACAGGCCGGCGUUGGGAUUUAACAAGAUCAAUACCACAGAGGGGGCUUGGUUCAGAUGUUUUACAAAG